CAUCCAUACUCGGUACAUCACUAAACAUAACCUCAACUGAAUUAUAUUCUUAACCAAGAACUUCAUUUCAUGUUUAUAUUUAUUUCAUGCUAUCUAUGAAUUCAUUUUAAUAAAUACACAUUGAUGUCUUUAAAAAUGUUAUUACGAUCAUUUCAGUGGUCAUUAGGUUUAUUGCGACCAAAUAAUGUUGAACAUACAUUAUCUGCUGGAAUUAAAUAUUUUCCGCCUCCCAAAAACUAUGACGACAUUGAAAUACCUGACCGUCAAAGGCUUCGUGUGUAUGAAAAAGUACCAAUGUAUCCAUCAAAUUUAAAACCACCAAAGAUGCAGAAACGAUUAAGGUACAUGAGAGGCCCUGAACCAUUACAUACUCAACUACAAUUGAAGCAGUAUGGCGUUAUUGCUACUGGUGGUGGCAGAUUACGUAUUGAACAUUUUGAGAUGGCACGUCUGGUAGUCGCUCGUAAAUUAGAUCAAAAAAGAAUGUUUGCCAUUUGGCGUGUAGAUCCUCCUUGGCAACCUGUCACUAAGAAAGGACAAGGCCAGCGAAUGGGUGGAGGUAAAGGAGCUAUAGAUCAUUAUGUGACUCCUGUGAAGGCUGGUAGGGUGAUUUUAGAAGUUGGUGGCAAAUGUGAAUAUGCUGAGGUAUAUAAUAUGUUAAAAAUAGUAGCUGAAAGACUACCAUUUAAGGCAGAACCUGUAUCCCAGGAAAUACUGGAGAAAAAAGCACAUAAUGAGAAAUGGAAAGAAGAAAAUAACCAGAAUUACUAUACUAUGAAAUAUAUAAUACAAAAUAACAUGGGAGGUUGUCAUAGGAUGCUAUCACCAUUUGAUCAUGUGUGGUAUGGUAAAUAUUUGUAAAUAUUUCAUAAUUUUAUAUUAUAUAUAAAUAUUUAGUUCAAAUAUAAUAGUUACAUAAGA